CAGCCAUAAAGGAGAGAGGGAGAGAGAGGGUGGGGGGAAAAAAAAGGACAAAAAUAUCCAGAAAGUUGGGUCUAUAAUUGGCUGCGCCUCUCAGCCUUUUUUUAUGUGUGAGCACGGCCCGGCUGAGAACAGAAGAAGCCACCUCGCCCCCCCCCAGUGAAACCCAACCCUCUCCCCCGUCGCAGUUCCCUCCCACUCCGUCCACCCGUCCACAAGGUCGCAGAGUGCUCACCUCACCUCACUUUUUCCACAACACCGCACACUGGAUUGUCACCCCGGAUUACAUGAUAAUCUCAUCUUGAUCUGCGGUGCCUGCAGGGGAGACACUUUGGAUUAUUAUCACCCGGCAACGAUGCUGCCCCGGUGCUGAUUCAGGGUGUGAGAGCUGGAGGCAGAGAGAGACUGACACCUCCGGUAACGCUGACUCAGUGACAGGCCAGACAUCUACACUGCAGUCCCAGGUCUGCCAUUGAGAGAGGAAGUGGAAACGGGCCCGGUGAUACAGACCCACAGUUUGUAAGGGACCUGGCCUCAGGUUCAGAUGUUGACAGAGGCAAACCAGCUUGUUUCCAGCUUUUCCUUCGGACACUGCGACUGCUUGUAAAAGUGGAGAUUCAUUUGACCCGUACAGUACUGGACAGCUUGAUGGUGGUAGUAAACUAAAGAAAACAGACCCAGACCCAGACCGAGGCCGAAAUGGAAUUACGACUUCGAUUUCGGAUCACCUUGGUCUUGGUCAUCCUGGCCAUGACCCUUUCCGGUGAAACAGUGGAAGCACAGAGGGCAGGGUGUAAAAAUGUCCACUACGACUUGACCUUUAUUCUGGAUACCUCAUCCAGUGUUGGAAAGGAGAACUUUGAGAAGAUCAGACAAUGGGUGGCCAACCUGGUGGAGUCUUUCGAUGUGGCACCAGACAAGACGAGAGUGGCUGUCGUCCGCUACAGUGACAGACCCACCACUGAGUUCAACCUGGGGCGACACAGGACCCUGGAAGAUGUGAAGCGUGCUGCCCGUAACAUACGCUACCUGGGGGGGAAUACGAUGACAGGGGACGCUAUUAGCUACACCACCGACAACAUCUUCACGGAGCGGAGCGGAGCGAGGCCCGCGGCCAGACGAAUCCAGCGGGUGGCCAUCCUUCUCACCGAUGGACGAAGCCAGGAUUAUGUUCUGGAGCCCUCUAAGGCGGCCGCCGAAGCCGGCAUCAGGAUGUUUGCCGUGGGCAUCGGCGAGGCGCUCAAGGAAGAGCUGGAGGAGAUCGCAGCCGAGCCAAAGAAUGCCCACGUCUUCCACGUGACGGACUUCAAUGCCAUUGACAAGAUCAGGGGCAGGCUGAGGAGGAGGCUGUGUGAGAAUGUCCUGUGUCCAAACAUGAAGGUUCAACCUGAUCGCUUCAAGCCCAACAGCACCAGUUAUGGUCUAGAGGAGGUUCCAGGAUUUGACCUGAUGGAAUACUUCAAUGUGAGAGAUAUUCUGGGAACCAGAGAAGAUGAAGGCCAGAGUUCCUACGUCCGCCUUGGCACCAUGCCCAUUGUACAGCAAACAGAGGACGUGUUUCCUCAAGGACUACCAGAUGAAUAUGCCUUUGUGACAACAUUCAAAUUUAGGAAAACCUCAAGACGAGAGGACUGGUACCUCUGGCAAGUUUUUGACAAAUAUGGAAUCCCACAGGUGUCCAUCCGUCUCGACGGUGAGAACAAGGCGGUGGAGUACAACGCCGUCGGGCUGACAAAAGAUGCCGUCAGGGCCGUGUUCAAGAACCCCGAGGUUGACAACCUAUUUGAUCGCAGCUGGCACAAGAUUGCCCUGAGCGUGGAGGCCAAGUCUGUGUCUCUUUACCUGGACUGCAAACACAUCCAGACUCUGACCAUUGAAGACAGGGAGGACAUUGAUAUCCAGGGGAAGACAGUGAUUGGGAAGAGGCUGUACGACAGCGUGCCGAUUGAUUUUGACCUCCAAAGGAUGAUGAUUUACUGUGAUUCCAAGCAUGCAGAGCUGGAAACCUGCUGUGAUCUGCCCAAUGGACCCUGCCCUAAGAAAGUGGUGACCGAGGCUCCCCCCGUGGAGAUCCCCGCUCCGACACCUACUGUUGUGGAACAAAAAAGAGGCCCUCAAGUCAACUGCUCCUGCUCCGAGGGAGAGAAGGGAGAGAUCGGUGAACCUGGCGUCGCUGGUCCCAAGGGUGAAAAGGGUGACUCUGGCCCUGUGGGUGCCAUCGGACCGCCGGGCACCAGAGGAGAAAAAGGAGAAACUGGCAGAGUAAUCUCUGUCAAAGGUGGCAGAGGUGAGAAGGGUGAUACAGGCAGCAUAGGGUUGACAGGUGCUGCUGGACAAAAAGGAGAGAAGGGACUUGGUGGUGUGCCAGGUAUUGAUGGCUUACCCGGGGAUCAAGGAGACAAAGGCGAAGCAGGACUGGCUGGUGAUCCAGGGCGACCAGGUCUAGCUGGACUAAAGGGAAUUCAAGGAGAGGCGGGGAUUCCUGGCUCACCUGGACCAAAAGGUGUCACUGGUGAAUCAGGCAUAAAGGGUGAAAAAGGAACUCCAGGAGCAGGGGGCCAGGCGGGUUUGGACGGAUUACCUGGAAAACCUGGUUUUCCUGGGAAAGACGGUUUGAGAGGAUUUGCCGGUGCACCAGGGCCCAUUGGAAUUAAAGGCGUACAGGGGGAUCGGGGCCUUCCUGGAUUGCCUGGGGAUGUGUUUCAAAAAGAAGGCUUACGGGGUGAAAAGGGAGAAGCUGGACCAACAGGGCCUCCAGGAGCUGAAGGACCCGCAGGGCCUCCUGGUCCUCCCGGUCUGCAAGGUCUGCCCGGGGAGCCUGGAGAGUUCGGCCAAAGGGGAAAGAAAGGUGAAGGUGGAUUGCCUGGAGUUGACGGCCUUCCUGGACCUCCCGGUCCCCAGGGUCCAUCUGGGUCGCCAGGAAACCAGGGACACACUGGACCUCCUGGUCUACCUGGUGAAAUUGGAUUUUCGGGCAAACCCGGAGAGUCGGGGAAGGCUGGUAUUCCUGGUAAAGACGGUCUCGACGGCCUUCCUGGAAAUGAUGGUGCCAUGGGGCCCAGGGGAGAGCGUGGAACAGAUGGUUUUCCUGGAAAGUCUGGACCCAAGGGCGAUGAUGGGCCUCCUGGACCAAGAGGACCUCCAGGGGAGAGAGGAGAGGCAGGUUCCCCUGGACAACCGGGCGAUGGUGGAGCAAGAGGAGAAAGGGGCGUUCCGGGAGAGAGAGGAAUGGAGGGACCAUUUGGUCCGAAAGGUGAAAGGGGAGACAAGGGUGACGUGGGAGCGAGAGGACUGCCGGGCGCUCCAGGAAAUGUGGCAAACGUCAUCCCCGAGCCCGGUGAACCCGGGAUACCUGGAGAAAAGGGGGAGAAGGGAGAACAAGGGAAACCAGGAGAGAUGGGUCAAAGAGGAUUACCUGGUGAACAAGGUUUCAAGGGGCCAGCCGGACCAGCGGGCCCAAAGGGUGACACUGGACUUGCGGGAGAGACGGGACGCGUCGGAGACCCGGGUCCACCCGGCCUAGCUGGUCCUCAGGGUCUUCGCGGAUUACCAGGGAAUGUGGGCAUACCAGGGAUCAUCGGGCCUCCUGGUCCAGCUGGACAGAGAGGAGACAAGGGUGAAGUGGGUAAACCUGGACAAGCAGGUACCACGGGCCCCCCUGGAGAUCCCGGUUUGACUGGACCCCCUGGACCACCGGGGAAGGGCAAAGAUGGGCAGAGCGGAGAACCAGGACCACAGGGGAUUCAAGGAGCCCAGGGGCCAAAGGGUCAACCAGGGUCACGCGGAGAACCAGGGUCACCAGGGGAAAGGGGUUCUUCAGGGGAAGGCAAAGUGGGCCCAUCGGGGCCACCAGGAAAUAAUGGGGAACCUGGACCUGCGGGCCUGAGGGGUCUACCGGGAGUUGCUGGUCCUCAGGGCCCAGCAGGACACAAUGGUUUACCAGGAAGGCCCGGAGAGAAGGGAUCGGCUGGAGAGCCUGGAAAAGCAGCAGACCUCUCCGACCUCAAUCUGAAGGACGUAUGCUCAGACUGCCCUGCAGGCCCGGCCGGACCACCCGGUCUUCCAGGAGUCCCCGGAGAUAAAGGACACCCGGGAGUUCCAGGGAAAAAUGGCCAAGAUGGUUACCAGGGCCCGCCGGGGACAGUCGGAGCCCAGGGGCCCCCUGGAGCCGAUGGAGGAAAGGGUAUAAAAGGUGAUCGAGGACCCCCUGGAGCAGCUGGAGACAAAGGAGAAAAGGGUCACACAGGGCCCCCUGGCCAUCCAGGGCCUCCUGGCUUGAUGGGUACAGCGGGUAACGACGGACAGCCUGGCACUGCCGGUCCCCCAGGGCCCCCUGGAGAAAAGGGCAAAGAGGGUCUCAAGGGGAUCCAGGGACCACCGGGUCUUCCCGGCUUGAUAGGUCAGCCCGGAAAAAUGGGAAAGGAUGGCCGACCAGGUGAAACAGGAGAACCUGGCAAGCAAGGUGAACCAGGGCCAACAGGAAACCCUGGGCUCAGGGGACUCCCAGGCUUUAAGGGCCACAGAGGAGAACCUGGAGCCCCAGGACCUAAGGGAGAAGACGGAAAGUCUGGAUCACCCGGGCGUGAUGGCAAACCUGGAAAGGAGGGCUCAAGGGGAUCCUCAGGUCCAGAAGGACUUGCCGGACCUAGAGGAGAGUCGGGCAAGCCAGGUGAACCAGGACCAUCAGGAAAAUCGGGUCUCCCUGGAACUCCAGGUCUCAGGGGAGACAAGGGAGAGGCCGGCAACCCAGGAUUACCAGGAUUCAGUGGACCUAAAGGCCCUGCGGGUCCAGCUGGUCCUAUUGGCCCAGAGGGAAAACAGGGGAUGCCAGGCCGAAUUGGUGAUCGUGGCCUCAGAGGAGAUAAGGGUGACUCAGGUGUAAAGGGAGAUAAAGGACACGCAGGAGAUUCAGGUAUGCCUGGAAACCCUGGACCCCCAGGCAGAAAGGGCCACACUGGAAUGAUGGGCAUGUCAGGACCACCGGGAGAAAUGGGGCCUGUUGGGCCACAAGGAUCUUCAGGAAACCCUGGUCUCCCAGGCCCAAGGGGAGAGUCAGUGUCACUGGAGCAGAUGAGACGGCUCAUCCAGGAGGAGCUCGCAAAACAAUUAGAUGCCAAAUUGGCCUACAUCAUUGCCCAGAUCCAGCCAGCCCAUGUGAAGAGCACAGCCGGCCGUCCAGGCCCGCCGGGCCCUUCAGGUAAGGACGGCAGUUCUGGACGACCUGGCUCCCCUGGCGAGCCUGGCAUGCCUGGGCAGAAUGGAGGAGAAGGGUCCAGAGGACCUAUGGGCCCUACAGGUGAGAAAGGAACAAGAGGAGAGAAGGGAGAACCUGGUAUUGGUGAAAGAGGAGAACAAGGCCCCCCUGGCCCGAUAGGUCCCGCUGGCCUGCCGGGCUACGGUAAGGACGGGAGCCCAGGACAAGCUGGAGCCCAGGGAGAGCCAGGAAACCCUGGCCCCCACGGUCAGCCUGGACCUCCGGGUCCUCCUGGCCAAUGUGACCCCAGCCAGUGUGCCUACUACGCCAGCCUGGCACAAAGACCCCACAGCAAAAAUGUUAAGGGAACUUAAGGGAGAAGAGAGACACAGAGCAUGAAGUCCAGCUGUAUUUAUGAACUUGCGGUUGUGUCAGCCUGAAUCAAGAACUUUUCCUUUUUCAAGAUACCCUCAGUACGGAGGGCGGAGAGCAAAAUGUGCUGCCGGUCAGAUUCUUUGUUUUGUUUGUUUUUGGUAUGAAGCUUGGGACGGACAGGAAUUGAGCAUCGGGGGACUUUUUAAGAUUUAAUAAUGGGGUAAAGAGGGCAGCUAAACAGUUUUAUUUCCUCACUUCCUCGCUUCCUGUAAAAUAUACAGGGAGACAACAAGGGUGACGCUGUUCCCUCCUCUUGAACACACCGAUUGGGAGUAAAGAUUUGGGAUCCUAAUAUUUUAUUUUUUCAUCUGUAAUUAGCUCAAAGGUACAGCCGGGCAUUUUCGCCGGGCAUUUUCUCGCAGGAAUAUCUCAGCAUCACGGCCUUUCUUUUUCCUGCCUCACAACCAUUUUGCAUCAAUCACCCUUCGCAGCACACACUGUACUACAUCAAGCCAUAGCUGUCAGUUCUUGCUCACUAAAUUCAUCUCUUGCUGGGGAUCCUCUAAAAGUCUAUUGGUAAUGACUUAGUCAAGGGAAUGACUGGAUGGGGAGGGGGGUGGGGGGUUGGCAGACAGUGUGGGGCACAAUCUCAAAUACCAAUAGGGAUUUUGUGUAGCAGUGUUAAUGAUUUGGUGUGGAGAUUGAUGAAUGACCACAUUUGUGCCUCCAGACUGGUAGCUGUGUUCUGAUGUAGGUUUGUUUUGGAUUGCAUUGGCACUCCAGAACAGGCCGUGAAAUAAAAUAACUUUUAGAGGAAUCCACCCUUAAAUAAAUUGGAAUUAUGCUCAAUUUGUACUAGCAAACAGGUCUGAUUUCUUUAGACUGACAUUGAACAAAAUUUAUUCUGGGAAUGAACUGGUGGUUGUGAAAUGUACCUCUUGUCACAAGCCAUUAAUUACAGACUUGGCCCUGUUCUUUCAAACUUGGGAGAGAUUUAAGGAUUUUAUUCCUAAAUGAAGGUUAUCUGCCUAAAAAAAUGCAACACAGGACCCACAAUAUAAAUUUUGUAUAAACAUAUCUUUUUGAAGAGAAUAUCUAAUUUUAUAACAUGGCAUGUAUGCACAAGUCAUCCAGUAUAGGCCCAUUUGUUUUAAUCAUUUGUUUACCCACAGUGAUUUUUAUUAACCCCAGACGUCAAGACAGGAAUAAAUGUCCCCCUCAGAUUUGUACUAUGGUGUUUAAUGAGGUGGCUCAGGCCAUUCUCUCUAUGAGGUAUGCUUAGACUUGAGCAGUGAAUGGCUAUGAGGAGGUGGUAUAAUUGCAGCCUUUGUAUACCCUUUUUUUGAAAAGCUGUUUGUUUCACACUGCGUUCUCUGAAUGUGUCACUUCCUUUCAGUUCACUGAGGCUUAUUAAGUGGCUUCACUGUGUCACGGCCCGGGCUACUUGGCCCUGCUCUGAAAAGACAUUGCUUUUCUUAUUCGUUCCCUGGAACCUAAAAUUAGGGAGUUGCUCCCUUGCAUCCCGAUGACCAAGAGCAUUGUGGUAACCAUUUGAAAGAUGUUUUGCUUCACAUCCCUCAUUGACCAAUUAAACUUCUCGCCAACCUCAGACAUACUGGUCAUCUAGAACCUAUUAAAAUAGCAUCCACAAAGGUAAAUCACAUUUGUCUGCCUUUCAGAAACAAGAAGAAACACAGAUGCCAACUACAGCAAAAUGGAAGUUGUUCCAGUUUUGAGGAAGCACAUAUAGAAAUCAUUCAAUAUGACCAACAGGUCAACAGUUAUGACUAUAUGUGUAUCACUUGCUCAGGUGACCUAAUGCAGGGUCAUUCAUGGAGAAUGUCAAGUUGUUAACCUUUAAUUCUCUCUUGUCGCCACGUGGUCAGUGGUCUCACUAUAGCAAAAGUUACAGUUAAAAAGUUACAUAAGUAAAAUUUAAAUUAUAUGCUUACUAGUAGUAGCUAUACCGUAUAUGCCAAAGUGGUGUUUGAAAAUAGAUAUUUUUUCACUAAUUCAUGGCCAUGUCUGAAUGAAUGCAAAACACUAGCAGGUUGGCCUUAAUAUCUUGCAUGAAUACCUAAAAUGGCCUGUUUUAGCGACCUGUCUUAGCUACUGUAGUUGGCUAGCUAAGACAGGUCAGCUCACCACAGAUAAUAGAUUAUUUUAGCCUUUUGAUCACUGAUUUCAAUUGUCAAUCUAACCUUAAAGACAACAAAAAUGUAACUGUUACACAGAUUAAACUCAACCAAUCAAAUUAUUUUGGCCUUAAAAGGAGCUGCGCAACUGAGUAAUGAGUGGUAAAGAGCAGGUUUAAAUGCAGUGAAGUUCAAAUGUAUAUUAUGUUCAAAAUCAAACUUGGUCAAAAAAUGUGGGAUAUUAAAGACCUGCUCUUUAAACCAUGCCAUUUAAUAUAUCUGUUAGCUGCUUCUCUAUUGAACCAUAUCAGUAUUGCUGUUUAUUAGAUUUGUAAAUGCUCGCAACAGUUACCAAUUGUCUGUUACAUGGUGGGAUGCAGAAAGCCCAAUAUUUUGUAAUGCUUAUAGGUCAUACAUCUUUAAUAAUUCAAUUUAGCUAUUUUUGCUGAUUGUUUCUUUUAAGUUAUAUUAAUAAAUUAUUCACAAUUUGAACAUUAUACAAAUGUGUUUUAACGCAUUAACAACAAAAAAGUCUCCCUUUUUCCUGAUAAAUUGGUGCUAAGAUAUCUCAAAUAAGUAGCAUAUUGUAAGUAUUGGAAAUACAUGUACUGUACUGUAUAAUAAAGAAUGGAACCGAUUCAUUUUAUAAAACAGGCUUUAUGUUUUUUGAAUAA